AAUCUUUCUCUUUCAUUUUUACUAUGUUUUGCUGAGACAGCGAUAUAAUUACUGUGUCUCUAUGGCGUUUCGUCAGUUCAGUUUGUGUCGCGGAAUACGAGCGUUUACUUACUACCUACUCCAGUCAAAUAAUGUUUUUGGCUAUAUUCCGCCAUUAACCUGAUACGAUGCUUUGUUUAAAUUAUGAACAGUGAUGUUGUGAACAUUUGAACCCUGUAGAAAAAACAGUGUCAUUCCAAUAGUGAGCAAAUAAGUGUCUUCGAAGUGUAUCAUUUCCUGUUUCUAUCGUACAGAAACAAGCAACUGCGACCGCUAGCGUACUCUUUUCGUUAUCACGUGGGUCAAAUUUCGAAUUAGUAUGUGCCUAAAUAGAAUAAAUUUCUCACAUUGAAGCGCGCCGAACUGCAGUCGGGCCGUCUGUGUUGGCUCGUUAUGGAGCCGGCGGGAGACUGAUUAUUCGGAGAAUGUGCUCUUUGGAUUGCGGUUUAGUGCAGUGCAUAAUAGUGUCAGUGUUGUGAACGGUUUAAAAUCGUUGAGUGUUACAUAAGGGUGGGAUGUGCUUACUAAAGAGCCCGCCCUGACCCGUCGGGCGCCGGCGUCCGCGGCGGGCGACGCGCGUGUCAUGGCUCCUGCGCUCUCAGUCACACCUGGAGAGGCCCACACGUUCGACGCCGCCGAGGAAACUGAUAAGCCCAUCACGCACCGUAGACGGGCGCUCGCGUCCGUCGAUAACCUCGCGAUACCCAUGGAGGAGGACGAUAUGGGGCUCCAAAACCAGCCUAGUCUUGCCAAAGAUUCACAAGAGAUGGAACAGAUUCUUGUCGAUUUGGGCAGCAGUGAUCUUGCUCAAGUUGACUUACUUCAAGCUAUCAAAACAUUUGAUAGUGGAGGAGAUGGUUUAUCAACAGGUGAUGCGGAUGCCAUAUUUCCACUAAGUGGCUUUGACUUGACCGAAACAACAGAAUCUGAGAGUGAUGCUGCAGAAGAUCGCGUAAGAACCAUGCAAGUACGCUUAGAACGUCGUUGUGCUUUCCUACAAAGAAGGUUAAGAAUACUUCAAGCCAAGACUAUAGGAAAAAGAGUCUCUGAGGAAGCCGCUCAAAGCUUUGACAAGUGCAUCAAAGGUGCUCGCAAGGAGGCAGUGGGCAGACCGGUGGGGUUCAAAGCCUUUUUGAAAAGAAUAGAGACAAUGUCUACAUUGCAAGCGAGUGCAUCCUCGCGGUCGGUGAUUGGCCCUAAGUAUUACCGUACAGGGAAUUCAAAAGUUGAUGCAUCAAAAUCGAAUAGUGUGGGUAUAGCUUCGGGGACCCUGGCUGGUCUGGAGGACACGGCUGGGGCGCUGCGGUCGCACCUCUCUGUGGUGAGGCACGAGCUGGACUCUGAUGCCACGGCCUCGUCAUCUGGAGCAGAGAGCAAUGAUGAGGCUGUCACAUACAACAAUCCUCACCAACAGCAAAUGCCUAUAGAGAAACGCGCGCUCUGGUCGUAUCAGAAGUCGCGGUCGUCGGUGGCGUCCCGCUGGUGCUGGCUGCAGGCCCAGAUACAGGAGCUGGAAUACAAGAUACGCCAGCACACCGAACUGCACAAACAGGUCCGCGAAGCCAAAGGCGCGGUUCAGUUCGAGGGUGAGCCGGUAGGCUACGAGGGCAGCUUGCCGGGAACAUCGGACGACGGCGAGACGUGCGCCCGCGUGCGACCGCUGCGCCGCGACACCUUCAAGAAGCGCAAACUGCUGCAGAUGCACAAUCUGCACCUCGCCACCAGUAAAGCUGCGAAACCUUCGGACAUCAGGUGUUCGUGCGAGUACAAAGUGGAGAGUUGCGGCGUGUGCACGGGCCGCGCCGAGCCGCUGCAGCCCGCGCCGCCCGCCAGCACGCUGCCGCCCGCCGUGCGCGUGGCGCGCGUCGUGCCCGGCUACCAUCCCGUGCUCAGCGACGCGCAGGACAUACCCGAGUCAGUCCACGUGUCAGCGCUAGUGUCGCGCUCGUGGUUCCGACCGCGCGCCGGGCCGGGCCGGCCGCGCGGCGCGCACCACGCGGCCCUACCGCGCGCGCACGCGCAGGCCCCAGCCCAGCCGCCCAGCAGGCUCCACAAGAAACACCCCACGCGGUUGAAAAGAGGAAGACCGCCGCUGUCCCGGAAGAUACGAGAAAGAGACAGGGAAGAUGACACUUCUGUAUCAAGCGAAAGAGGGCGCGGCCGACCGAGCACGGAAAGCCGCACGCGGCGCGCGUCGUACGACAUCGACAACAUUGUCAUACCGCAGAGCGUAGCCGCGGCCACGCGACCGCAGAUACUCACCUACAAAGAGAUCAUCACGCCCAAAUGGCGAGUGCUUGAGAUUCCUGAAGUGCCUCUAAACAAUGGGGUCUCCAAAUCAGACCGAUACUCGGUGGAAUCUGAUGACGAGGACGUAUCCGAGGCGGCAGUCGCAGCGCGUCACGUGCGCGCCGAACAGCGCGAGCGAAGCCGCUACGCUCGCAAGCCGCGCCGCCGCCACGCGCCCGACGCGCCAGACGCCCAGCCUGAGCCGCCGCCAACCCAGCCUGAGCCGGUGCCGCCGCCGCCGCAAACGCCGCACGAGACGGUUCGGCCGUACUCGCCGCGGCGCUUCCCGCUGCCCGACGCGGCCUACCAGGCCAUGGUGGCGUGCAUGCCUGACGGACACCUGCCGCCCGCGCCCGACAGCCCGCAGCCGGAGCUGCCUCCGGACGAAGACACCAGUUCGCUGUCGCCGCUCUCGGUGUCCCCUUACGGCGGCGACGACCCCGACGACGCCGAGUGGGAGCCGGCGCUCGAGAAGAACGCCUUCAGGUGAACACCCUGUAUCGCACCACCGCUCAACUGUUGCAACUCGGAAACUUGCAAUUUGGGUACUCACACCAGUCAAUAAGGGCACAUCAUACUGUUAAAGCCACGUUUUCACUUUACAUGUCUCAGAGAUAAGUCGCCGACAUUCACGUAGUUUGUC